AUGAAAGCGUCGAAGCUGCGAACAGCAUACGACAGUGAGGUACCAGCACCGUGUGCCAACAGCAACGGAUGUGAGAAGCGCGAUGGUUAUCACGAUUACAGUUUACCUCGAGCAGCCAGCCGAGCUACCAGUGCACAGUACGACAAACCACGGACAGAUAAUUUCAGGAUGGACACCGAAGGCACAUCGCAGGGCACGGCCAUCAAGAAUAGCAACGAGACAGGAAAUUCAAGAAAUCGCUCAACAAUCCGCAAUUAUGAUGUGCCCAAAGAUACACUGAAUGACGAGGUGCUGAAAAGGUACCAUUUCUUGAAAGCUUCUGUUAAUUUCUUCUAA